AUGCGUACUUUUCGGAGAAAGGAUCAUCUCCUUCAGCAUUUGCGGCUUUUCCACCGUCUCGAUGUUAUCCCAUUAAUUGAGGAUUGGAAACGUGUCACCACGGACUUCCCUUCCCGGUGUGGAUUCUGCGACGGUCGCAUGUCGACCUGGGAGGAGCGGGCCGAUCAUCUGACAUUUCACUUUCGCAAAGGCUGCACCAUGGCCAAUUGGAAAGGCGAUCAUGACUUUCCUCCAGAUAUCACCGCACAAGUGACAAACAGUGUCCCGCCGUAUCUGCUGGACUUCGAAUCACGAACUUUCGUCCCUUUCUCUGCCACUAACAGAGAUACCAAUGAUCAUCUCUCUCAGAUGCUGUCCCGGGCCACAUUCGUGGAUGCAUCAGGCGUGCCCCAAGUGCUUCCGGAAUCUGCGGACACGGAGCUGCAGCCGGUCCAACAGCCUCAAUUGGAUUCUUACACCGAAGUUCUUACCCGUCAUUUAAGUCAUUACGCACAACAGAUGAUGAGCCGAGGCAUUAUCCCCACCGAUGAAAUGUUUCAGGCAGAGGCAAGACGUCUUUCGUAUGAUUCCGAGGAUCAGUGGGACCAAACGAUAGCUGAUAAUCUUGAAUGGUUGGCUAAAUUUCGCGCAGAGCAAAGCAGCAAGGGUGCUUUUCAGACUCUGGAGCAAGGCCCUAUGGGGUAG